CAUCAGACUCAUCAGAAACUAGACGGAACACCUAAACGAACAGACACCUGCUCUCAAGGACAACCACAUCGGCCAAACCGUUCCACCGUGGGACAGUGAUACGUUUCAGGAGGUCCAUUGUGGACAUAGAUCCAUCGUUGAUACAUCCAACCUCCCAAACGUCGAAUCUCAAAACAGACAAGGCUGACAAACCACGCAGUACUGGAUUCGAACAACAGCACCAGUAUGGACACUCUCCAGGGAAGAAAACCGAAGAAACCCCACUACAUUCCUCGCCCUCCUGGAAAACCUUUCAAAUAUCAGUGCUUCCAGUGUCCCUUCACCUGCAACAUCAAGUCUCAUCUCUUCAACCACAUGAAGUAUAACCUGUGCAAGAACUCCAUCUCUCUGGUGUCUCAGCGCAUGGAACAGACAGGGAAAACGCAGAGAGCUUCCCAGCAUAAUUUCCCCUUCAACCACAAGAGUAAAGAGCCACCCCUGGAAGCUGAAGCCAGCAAAAUUGUCGAAAGAGUCAACGACAAGGUUGAACAAGAGGAGAUGGGUAAGGGGACAAGAGAAAAGCCUGAAAGUCCCAUUAAGGAGGUCACUAAAGAUGUCCCUGAACCAAUCCGUGAGACCAGGGACAAAAAUGCAGACGUGGACAUUGAGCAGAACAAAAUAUCUUCAGCUUUCUCGCCGGUUGCCCGAACAUGUGAAAGCGAAGCUCUAUCUCUGUCUCCACGCAAAGAUGAUCAACCAUCUUCAGCCAUUCCUCAGUUUUACCACCAAAUGGGACCUUGGGUCCCACCUGCUUCCACAGCACCUCUUCUUCCUCUAAUACCGGACUAUCCUUCAUACAUGGUCCCUGAGAGGCCCUUGCAUUCUCUGUACACACCCUACUCCCACAACCAAGCAAACACCCCAGCCUACCAACUCACACCUCGAGAGACCCAGAGACCUUUGGUUCCAUCACCUUUGGUCCCAUCUAGUACUUCCCUUCUCCAUCCUUAUCACUAUAGAUACGGCCAUUCUAUUAUCCCUGGACCACCUCUACCCUACAGCCUCUACCAACACCCUGAAUUUUCCAUGUCCUUACAGAGAACCAGGUAUCUUCCUCUGGAUGUGUACAGCAACAGAUUUUAUCCUCGAGAGUACGGAGGACAUCUAGUACCCCUAUCUCAUCCUGACUCUUACAGCAGACUUCCAGAGGACAGGGCUUUCCCGGAGCACAGUACAGCAGACAAAGGUACUCGCCAGAGUCCUUUAGCAGGGUGUGCCGCCUCUGGAUCUCCAGAUAGGCCUAGUACCGCAGAUGUCACCCAGCGGAUCCCUGUUAGGCACACUUCUCCUGGGGAGUCUAUCCCAGUCAAUCAAUCACAGCCUGUUGAACCAGGGGCAACUACAGCAACUGAAAACUUACCCAACAAAUCAUGUGGACAAACUCAAGAGAACAUGUUACAAAAGACAGAGAGGAAUGAACCACAAACCACAGCUUCUGCAAGAAGCGGUGAGACUUCGUCAGAAAAGGAAGACGAAGAAACUGAGGAGGAGCCAGGUCCUCUUAACCUUUCCAAGAGGGACCAGGCCAUAUCCAGCAACAUGACACACCACUACUCUGACGGCGAGGAACAUUAUGAUUCAGAAAGUAGUCAGGAAGAGGCACCGCUCAACCUCUGCCUCAGGGUACAGUCCAACUGCCAAACCUUGCCCGACACCACAGGCUCUGAAACUCCGGAAAGACAAACCAUUAUAAAUGCUGAGGUAUGCCCAAUUGUUCCACCCAGAGAACAAGAAAUAGACCCAUGUGACCAGAGGCACUCUGCUGCUUUUGCUCUGUGUCAGCUAGCUAGCUCGAAGGACAUUAUCAAUGACUCCUCUGUGGGCCAACGAGAACCUACUCAGGGUCAGAACAGUCAAAGUCUUCCUUCCCCAGACCCGGUCAAAGACAUUCCAGACACACCAAAACAGAGUACACGGGCACUGGGACAAAAACGGGUAAACAACAGACCUCUGAGGCACACUACCAAAAGAGCAAAGGUCAAAGAACCUGCUCGAACUCAAAGAAAGAGGUCACAAAACUGCUGAUUCAGAGUUCUCAAAGUGUGGACUGCUAAAACUCAAAAACAAAGGAACUCUAGUGAAAAGAUCAAUACUUAUGAGACUUUACAGGAAGAUGGCCAACAUCUACAUUCAAGUCUUCAACUAUUAUUCUAUUUAUGUCUGUAAAAUUGCUUGUCAUUAAAGUCCAUAGGUACGCAUGAACUGACAACUUUAUUGUAAGCUGUUUCAGACAAAAGCAUUUGCCUAAUGCAUCAAUGUAAAUGUAUAUAAUUCCAAAAUAUUCUUAGUGUAUAACAUUAAGCACUGAUUGGAAGAAAAAAGGCGACACUGAGAAUCUUGUGUGCUUUGAGAAAACAUGUAACAGAUCAUUAAAGGGUGGUGGCAAUUUUUUUAAAUAAAGGAUCUUGUUAAACUUGAAGUAUUUGAAUUAAGUGUUUGCAUAAAGUGAAUUAUGCUUGCUUAUAAAUGUUUUUGAAACCUAGUAUAGUGUAGGGGAGGUACAAUGAUUAUAGCUACCUAUAAAGUUAAAGCUACCUAUAA